AUGUUUCCAUUUGACGUGGAAAAAAACAAGGGAACGUCUUCCGAGAGUAUCCACUCAAUCCACGUUUCUGAAAUCCACUCCGAUGUCCGAUCCGAGUCGAUCAUCGGAGCACCGGAAGAGGAAGAAUCUCCUCUUGGUCAGCAUGUGGGAAAGUUCACGGUGGUGGCUCUCAAUUUCUCUCAGAUGAUCGGAACGGGUAUUUUUGUCACCCCUGGCUCCAUUUUGAAAGGCGUGGGCUCCAUUGGAGCGUCGUUGAUGCUCUGGCUGGCCGGAAUCAUCAUUUCGUUCUCCGGAUUUGCCGUUUACACCGAAUUCGCAAGCAUGUACCCCAAACGAGCUGGUGCCGACGUGGCCUAUCUGGAAAAGGCGUUUCCCAAGCCCAAAUAUCUCAUGCCCGUUGUUUUUGCCGUCAUUUCAGUUCUGCUGUCCUACUCCGCCUCAAAUGCCAUUGUCUUCUCCGAGUACGUUCUGGUGGCAGCAAACCAAGAGGUGACGGAGUGGACCCAGCGAGGAAUUGCAAUUGCAGCCAUUGCCGGCGUCUGUCUCAUGUCCUGGGUCAGCAACAAGUGGAGCAUGCGUCUACAGAACGUCAUUGCAUAUGUCAAGGUCAUCAUUCUCUUCUUUGUGGCCAUCACCGGCCUGGUGGUCCUGGGAGGUCACACCCGUGUCAAAAACCCCAGAGAUAACUUCAAGGACCCUUUCAAGGGAACCACUGGAAAUGCCAACGUCUGGGCUAACGCUCUCGUCAAGAUCAUCUUCUCUUUUGCCGGUUGGAACAACGCUAAUAACGUCCUAAAUGAGAUCCCCGACGCCGUGAGAACGGUCAAAAUCUAUGGAUCUGUGGCCCUUGCCCUCGUGUCAGUCCUGUACAUGCUGUGUGCUGUCGCAUAUUUUGCAGCGGUCACUAAGGAAGAGAUCAAACACAGUAACCUGCUGACUGCCGCUCUGUUCUUCAAAAAUGUGUUUGGCGAGAGCGCUGGACAGCGUGUGCUGCCUGCUCUUGUGGCUGUGUCUUCUAUUGGAAACCUCCUGGCUGUGACUAUCGGACAUUCUCGUAUUGUGCGGGAGGUUGGACGUCAAGGUGUUCUCCCCUGGCCCAACUUCUGGACCAACACAUGGCCCUUCGGCACUCCCGGUGGAGCUCUGUUGGUGAAAUUCAUUCUCACAGUCAUUGUCAUUGUGGCUCCUCCUCCCGGCGAUGCCUUCAACUUUGUGGUCGAUCUCCAGUCCUAUCCCAGCAACAUUUUCCUGUGUCUGCUAGUGGUAGGACUGUUCAUUGUUCGACGAAGACGACAAAAGGCCGGUCUUGGAAGAGCUCCCUUCAGAGCAUACACGGUCGUCGCCGUCUUCUAUUUCCUGGUGUCGCUAUUCCUUUUGGCGGCUCCUUGGGUGCCUCCCCCCGGAGGAGCCAACGGAGGAGACGUUUCCUUCUGGUACGCCACCUACUGUGUGGUUGGAAUCGGUAUCAUCCUUCUUUGCGGUAUCUACUACUACAUCUGGGCUGUGGUUUGGCCCAAGUUUGGAGGCUUCAAACAUGUCGAACAGAUCAUCACUCUGCCUGACGGCUCCACCUACACCAAGAUCAACCGGGUGAAGAACGAUGUCCAGCAUUCGGACGAAAGUGAGGGGGAGAGUGAGACCAAGAGCGCUCGAGUCGAGGAAAAGGAGAUUGUUUAG